CACACAUUCUCUUCUAGCUCGCCUCUCGAUCUGAACUCAUCUAGGGUUUCACACCCAGACAAAACCAACAGCUGCAAAUCUGCAAUGGAGAACAGCAACCCAAAAGCGGACCAGAUCGAGGUGGAAGUGUCUGAGUUCGAGAAUGAUUUUGAUGUCGUCUCUUACACCAAGUUCUACGACGAAUUCCUCAAUGUGGAUUUGCUGCAAGAAAGUUGGCCAAAAGUGGAAUCUUCUUUAGAAGAGUAUGGCGUUUUAUGCACCCUGGAUAUGGUUGAGGGUAAAAUGAAAGUCUCAAGAGCCACAAGGGAUCAAGACCCAAAUAUUAUUCUCAGGGCUAUGGAUGUUUUGGAGCUUUUGUCAAGAAGUGUUCCGGCAGAAUGGGCAAUACGAGUACUGGAUUGCAGUUUCCAGUACGACAUCAUCAAGAUUGGGAAUCAAGAAGAGGGGAUUUGCAAUAUGUACGGGAUCACUAAGGAGCAAUUUCUUGCACGGAGGAAGCUUCUGGCUGGCUAUGUCCUAAAGGUACUGUUUGAACUGACAGAUUGUGGAAUUUUUCUUAAGGGAAACACCAUUGCUGUGAUUGGUGGUUCACUCCAAGGAAUAAAUAUAGUAAGGAGGAUUGUCGAAGACUGCAUUGCUCAUGAUGUGCCUCCUCUACCCCGGGCGCGAUUGAUGAAAAAGAAGUCUCAAAAGAAGAAGGAUGAGAUGAAUAAAGUGGCAAGUGAAUUGAUGAUAAAUCUCGAGGGUAUGAGGAUCUGAAUUAUGGUGUGUAGUGUUGUAGACUUCAUGUAAAUGUUAGCGCAUUGACUUGAGACUAACAUGUAGGGCUAAUAUAAAUCUAUGUUUUGUGA